UCUUUCAAACAGUGCUGCAGUCGAAAUAUGUAUAGUAUAUGUCAUAUAGGCAAGUUUUACUUUCAUUAGGCUACUGGACUGUGCAACGUGUUGCCAAUUUAGUGUUUAGUGUACUCAUAAUUUAAAAAAAAGAAGGCUUGAUGCACCAGACAUUAUUGGUAAUCAUGCUUUCUGCAGUAAAAAUGUACUGCACUAAAACGUUUUGGAUGGGAGGCAAUGAAAUUCAAGUUGCAGUAUCCUAUUUUCAAUUGCUUUAAGAAAACACUAUCACACCUGCGUUUGGGUUCCACCCUUGAUUAUUUGGAAAGCUAUCUGAGCUAAAGCAUAGCUAUUUUUAACAGGAGUAGCAGGGCAUAUUUUAAAUGGUCCCUUUUCACCACUCUAUCCUGUGGUGGGGGAGAAAAAUACCCCUGAAGUACCCCAAGGAGACUAUGGUUGCCAUGUCUUGAAAUGAAAAGAGCACCGUUAAUCUGACAGUCUAAAUAUUGCUUCUUCACUUCAGUGAAUUUAUCCGUGCAUCUUGCAAUGAUCUGAACCGGAGGUAGGGGGGGGUGAUCUAAUUGAGGAAUGUCAUCUCUACGGGAAUUCGCCUGCCUGAGCCAGUCAUUGAGAUGAAUGGAAGGGGAGGCGCACUCAUUGGCUUGCAUCAGUGAUCCGGGAGGCUGCUGCUCGCUGAUGAUGUAGAGGCAUCCCCCCACGGUGAGGCGGAGGUGGCUGGUUUCUACCGCUGUCGCCUUCAGCAGUCUCGAAUCCCAGUGAAGGACAAGCGCGCAAUAUCUCGCAGCUCUCCUUACGCUCUGGCGCGGGUUUCCUGGACUACCAACUAUCUCGCGCGCAGCUUCAAGCUCUGUUGAUCCGGCCAACAAGUAACGGCGCUCGUGUGAGAGCCCCGGGGAUUUCACGUUUCGCCGGAGCAAACAAGGUAGGGCGGUCGAACCCAAACUGACAGGUGCUCAGGUUCAGUCCGAUGGCUCUCUCUACGCCGGUUAAGAGGACUCGGAAAUGGAGGGAGGACUUGCAACAGUUUCGGAGGAGCCACGGCCUCUCCAAGAAAGCUCUGCUCAGCUGCUGCCUGGUGAACCGCAUCGUAGCCUGGGCGUCGCCCAGCACUAAAGACAGCGUGGAGGAUGAGCUGGAGCUGUCCACGGUCCGCCACCGUCCAGAGGCCCUGGAGCAGCUGGAGGCCCAGACCAGGUUCUCCAGGAAGGAGCUGCAGAUCCUCUACAGAGGCUUCAAAAACGAAUGCCCGAGUGGGGUCGUGAACGAGGACACCUUUAAAGACAUAUAUUCACAGUUCUUCCCACAGGGAGAUGCAUCGACGUAUGCACAUUUUCUGUUCAAUGCAUUCGACACAGACCACAACGGAUCUGUGAGUUUUGAGGACUUUGUCAUGGGUCUCUCGAUUCUGCUACGGGGUUCAGUCCAAGAAAAACUCAACUGGGCGUUUAAUUUGUAUGAUAUUAAUAAAGAUGGAUAUAUAACUAAAGAGGAAAUGUUAGACAUAAUGAAGGCUAUUUAUGAUAUGAUGGGGAAAUGCACAUACCCAAUACUGAAAGAGGAAGCACCCAGACAGCACGUGGAAAUCUUCUUUCAGAAAAUGGACAAAAACAGGGAUGGAGUGGUGACCAUAGAUGAGUUCAUCGACUGCUGCCAAAACGAUGAAAAUAUAAUGAGGUCGUUGCAGCUCUUUGAAAACGUAAUUUAACUUGAGACCGGCUCAGAACUACUCUGGCACCCCCCCCCCCCCCCCCCCCCCCCUUUGUCUCCAUCAAUUUCUUAUCAGAACGUUCAAAUUCAUACUGCAUAAAUGACGUCAUCAGCGACGCGUUGGGAAGGAUAUGUCUGUGUAUUAUGCAAAAUAAGCUUGGUUGACCGCUAUGAUCCCAUUCGAUUGUUGUUCUUCUUUUAUGUUUUCUUUAAAAAAAUAAAUAAAUUCAAGAAACCGUAGGCUCCUUUUUAGUUUAGACCUCAUGCCUUUUUAUGUUAAAAGAUAUGAACGAUUCUAGAACUUUUAAUGUAUGAAAGCACUGCAUAUUCCAGCAUUUACACCUGUACUGUUGAGUUUCAGUUUGAUCAACCUACGCUCUUUGUCUCCUUAACCGUGUGUAUAGUUUUGUAUUAAUUGCUGUUAGAAUCUUCAGUCAGGACAAGAUCUGCUUCCAGCAUGCACCAAACAAUUUUUUGUAAUUAAAUUUUAGUUUUUGGAGUAUCGCUCAUGCCCGUAGUCUGUGAACUUCGAUAAAGACCAUGCACAUGCGACUCGUAACUCGGUGUACUGACAUUCCUGUUAGAAUCUUGAACAUUCACUUCCUGGUUUUUGGCGUGCCCCGCUUCCAGACAAUAGCGAUGUCGGAAAUGACUGGGCCUACGUCAGCGAUUUGACGGGAUGGUGUGGUCACUAACAACUGGCAGGCAGAGACUGGAGUGUGUUUGAAAGCCCGUGCAGGUAUACCUGUCCCAAGCACUGGAAAUGCCUUCAGGCCAGUACAUUUUCAAUUUCAUUUUCAUUUUUAAAAAGUCUGUAGUCUAAUUAAUUUUUAUGGUAAUGUGACAGAUUUUCUUCAGCUUAUGAUGUAUAUUUAGUUUCAAAUUUCAAGACUAAUGUGCUUCCCUCUGCCUGAAGCAAGUACCUGUUUCCGUCAGAUACAUUACCUAGUUCUUCUCCUACCUGGAAUUAAAAUCUACAUUCCCAGAUUUUUUAAGAAAUGUAAACACUUGGACUGAACUGAAUUUUGUAGUAACUGUAUAAAGUUUUUCGUCAACAUCUUCAGGGGUAGGAAGCCGUGUCCGUCUGGCGAAGGGUCCAGAGAUCCAAUGCUAACCAGCUGGAUAUUCGCACCGCGCAGUCGUGCUUUAGCCCACCGCACAGCCAGUGCGAUCUCUCGCCUUACUGCCCGUGGGCUUCGUUAUUGUACACGCCUUUCCUUUGUGUGUGUAGACUUCACAACUUCAAAAAUAAGUUAUAUAUGAAAGAAAGAUUUCUGUGUCUGCUAACAGAAGAGAAGUAGAACACCCUCGGAGACGUCUCAUCCAGAGUUUCGGUUGAUCAAAUUGAAGCCUCUUGGCUUAUUCAGUCUGGAGCAGGUGCUUAGCUCUGUGUGCUUAUGGAAGCCUCAUGUGUGACUGAGGUCUGUGGACGUGUGAAACGAGGACUCCUUUUACAGUGACCGUUUCUCCUCGUGAGCUCUGUUUCUGCUUUGAUAUUUGUGUUUGCUCGCCGAGCGUCCGCUUUCUGUUUUGCAAUACAACCGAAUCACAAGCACAAAUGAACGUGAACUAGCUGUUGAAAGGUGAAUGUGUGGCAACAUGAAUCAUUUAGUGUAAUGACCUUAAUUUAUUUGCUUAGUAGAUGGCAUUGUCAUGGGCCACUUUUGAGCUUACAUUGCAUAUUUCUUAUUUUUUCCCCACUAUGGACUGUUUAUUCUGCACAGUAAGAACUUUAUAUAAAGUACUGCACCUCGAUCAAGUAGUGCUAUAUCGAGGAUUUGAACCCAUAUCCCCCUGUCUGCAAGUUCGGUUCCCCUGGCAUUAAACCUCCCCUCUGCCUGAAUACACACACAACCUCCUUCAGGUUUAAUUUGAUUUUGUGUACUGCUAUAAAUUAUUUCUUAAUCCCAUGUUAAAAUCUCUGAAAUGUCUUUGCUCAAGUGUGACUUCCAAAACCCUGAACAGCUACUCAUUUCAACACAGGAAAUGAAAAAGAAAUGAAUUGCUGACACUGUAUAAUUCUAAGAAAUGUAUAUAACAUUAUAUAAAUGACUUGAACCUCAUAAUGAAUUUCCAACUAGAAUGUAAAGUAUCCCCUAUUUGAUUUCCAUCAUCAUGUUGGAUAAUAGAUGUACCAGUAGAAGCACACAGGUAGUUUAAUUUACCUCAAGUAUGCAAUGAAUGAAAUGAUACUCUACCAUGUAGAAUGAGGCUGGUUUGUUAACUUUACAUGUGUAUAUUUCCUGUAUAUGAUAAUUUGUCUUUUCACAAUAUUUAUGGGUUAUUUUUAAGUUCCGAUGACAUUGUGUUCACAGAAUCUUGUAAAAGCAGAACCUUUUUUUUUUUUAAGGAUACUCAUUGUAAAACAGGUGAUACAGUAGGCUACAUGUAAAGAGCAUAUAUUUUAACGAGAAGAGAUCUUUGGCUUGUGGAGUGUUAUUUAAGUACCACUCUGAUUUAGGCUGUUAUAAAGUCAAUGGAAACACUACUUGUUUGAGGGGCAGAAAGUGAAAUGGUGGCAAGUAUUCCAGUUCAUUCCAUGCACAAGGAUUGAUUUCCUUAUUUGCAGUGGAUUUGCACUAAGCUCAUUCGUUCUGUGUCUGGCACGUGCCCCGCGUACAUAUCCCAGCCAAUCAGGGCCCAGAUUCUCAUUUGCAUCAUGAUUGAUUAGCCACUGCUGUCUCUGAUUAGGGCAUUGAUCUGUUCUGGGAAAUCAGACUGAAAGGAAAAUAAUUGGCAGGUCCGAGAUCCGCCCGGCAGCAGUGCAUGCUGGGUAACGGAUUCACACCCUCACAUCACCUUUCCUGCCCUGCAGCUUCAGGAAGUCACUAAAAAGCUUUAUUCAGGUUCUGACCAUCAGCGCUGUUGGUAAGAGAAGCAUUUGUCCGGGGGAAAUUAACUAAAAACUGUGAAAAUUGAACUUUUGUGGGGGGGGAGGUGAAAAAUCUGUAUUGUGUAAAUCAUAUGGAUGUGUGAAAUGGUGGGAGAAGCUAAGAGUUGCUCCUUAGAAUACUGUGGAAAGGCUAUGACGCUUGUAAUCCUUUUGCAAGGAUGUUAUUCAAUUGCUGUAGUGUAUAGAAUCCUAGUUUUACUGGCAUGUACGAAGGUAGCGAGUGAGAUGAAGGCAAGAGUUAAUGUUGUCAUUAAAGACUAAACAUUACAAUGGCGACACCUACUGGUAGCUUUUUUUUUUUGUUUUUUGUUUUGUUUUUUUACAUUUUUGAGCAAUAAACUUGCCUCACACAAGGGCUGAGUCUGAAACAGCUUGCUUGCCUGCUAUUGAGUAUACAAGUUACAUUUUGUAUUCUCAAUGGUAAGGCCAGCAAGCUGUUUCAGACACAGCCAAAAAAAAUGCUAUUUUGGCAUACUGACUUAGGCCAUGUGUCCAUGUGUUAUGGAGAGGAAAGUGAAUCUAUUUGUUGUCUAACUUGGCUCGUUUACAUUGAAAGAUUUUUUUUUUUUUAAACUGAAUUUUAAUUUCAGUCGUCAAUUAUUUGUUCGCCGUACACCGAUAUGCAAAUAUCUUCAACAUUAUCUACAACAUUUUUAAUAAUACAAGAAACAAAUAUGACCGGGGGGGUCUAAAGACUGCCGAUUCAAGAAUGUAUUUGUUUUAGCCCAAAUGCUAAUUUUGAGGAGACUGCAUUCAGGGAAAAGCACAGCCCCUGCCGAAUACACACUGCAAUAUUGCUCCUGACCGUGAGCCUCUGUGACAUUUCCACCAUUCCCAGCGCUGAUAGGUUUUGUCAAUAGCAGCCGAGCUCACAGAACGCUAAUCGCGGUGGUCCAGAAUGCGAACCCAAAAAUCCCAUUUCUCACCUGACCCCCAUUCUGACCUCACUCAACAAAUGCCAUUUUAAAACACCAACCGUAGACUUUUAUUCAUUGCCUAUGCUGCCAUUAGAGAUUUGGUGGGGGGGUGGGGAAUUUAUGAUAAAAAGGUUUGACAGUGUGGAAAUAGCCAGUUUGCAUCGACAUGUUUGCCUGUUUAGAAGGAGGGGUAUCCGAACAGCAGAUGGGUUUGUGGGUACCGUCUCUGUUCUGCUGAGGAGGUCUCUGUGGGAAGGCCACUCUGCUAGCAUCAGUGAGUAGGUAUUACCAGAGUAGUCCAACUUGAUGUACACUUGAGUUUACAGUCGUGUCUUUGUGUUAUUAGAUGUGUACAUUUUAUAACAAAGAUUCAAUAAAACCGCUCAGAAUGUU